AUGAGUGCAUUUCUUCUUCUCAGUCGCGUUGAUGCUGCGGGGAUUGAUGGCCCGCUAGGCGUCCACCAUGGGACCGCGCUCCUGGCGUGCCAGUUGAUUGCAGACAACAAUUUUGAUGGGCGCCUCUAUACUGACCCGCGCGGACAACAUCCCGUUCUCGUCGGCUUGGAUGAUAUCUUAACUUCUGAUAACUAUUAUUUUAUUAUCGAUAAGGAUUACAAGCUUCGAUAUCCCAUCGUCCCUUCGUUUCGCGACUGGACUUUCCCCCAUGACCGAAUACCCGAUUCUUGGCCAUCUCUCGCCGCCACAUCCCCACAGGACUACCUUGGCUAUGGGAAUCGAUGCGCGCUCACGAAUUACGCUUCGGGUCUUGAGACAGCGCAUAUUGUACCCGAGGAGGAGCUUGAGUGGUUUCAACGGGAGGCCAUGGGACGAUACUCGCCCUACCCCACCGGUUUCCCCGACUCUGAGAACAGGAUGAAGUUACGGGCCGAUAUCCACCGAUUAUACGAGGGGUCUGAAUUUGUCAUUGUGCCAAAGCAAGAGAUUCACGACACCGGCAAGGAGGAGGAUCCCAAGAGGCCAUGUUACGUGGCGCAUUGUCUGGGACCCGGGAACGAGGAGAUCUGGGGACUCCAUCAUAACCUCCCUCUACAAUAUAUCGAGCAUACUCGCAGGGAGAUGCAUCUGGCUCGAUUCGCCUGGGCCAUCUUCUCGCAGGCCAACUUCUUCCUUCUGCAGGGCUCUACCCGCGCCGUGGUCACGGACGAUGGUAAUGGGGAGCGGAAAGUGCAAGAGGUUUCGGGGUCUACCUUGCGAGAGCUCUAUGGAGGGGAGGAAAAUUGGGACUCUGGCCUUCUAUCUAGUAGGAAGAAGCGUAAGCUCGACCACUUAGGCGAAUACAGUGUUGGAGAGCCUGAAGAUGAAGAUAAUGAGGACAAUGGGUUUGGUGAUGAUGACGGUAGUGACCAAGAAGAGGAGGGAGGCGGGGAAGGGACAGGCCCGGAAGAUUUGAAGGAGUUUGGCGGCAGAUCCUAA